AUGAGCCUUGCUGGCUCAACUAUUCAAGCGUAUCGACAGCGCAAAAUCGAGUCGCUUGCGAAAAUGUCGAACAUGUCGCAAGAGGACGUGGCGACCGGCUUGCGAACCGUCCAACAGGGUCUCGAAGCGCUCCGCGACGAGCAUUCGGCCAUCUCGACGACGCUCGAAGCGUCCGUCAAAGGUGUGAAGGACGAUGAAGCGCCGCUGCCGAAGGAGAAGCUUUGCCAGAUCAACGACAAUCUUGAAAAGCUUGUGACAAGUCUUGACGAGACAUCGCUAAUGCUCAUGGUGUUCCAAUUGACGCAAUCGAUGGACGCCCAACAGCAGAAAUAUCAGGCGCAACGGCGCCGCCUGUGUCAGGAGAACGCGUGGCUUCGCGAUGAGCUCAGCUCGACACAGACGAAAUUGCAGCAAUCCGAGCAGAUGGUCGCCCAACUUGAGGAGGAGAACAAACAUCUGAAGUACAUGGCAUCGAUCAAACAGUUCGACGAUGGUUCACAGGCUGAAGCGAAGACUGCUGAUAGUGGUCCGCAGCCGGUGUCCAACGAAACACUUCAGGAAUUGGGAUUCGGACCGGAGGACGAGGAAGAUAUGAAUGCUAGUCAAUUUAAUCAGCCGACACCGGCGCAUUCGAUGGCGGCGUCGGCGAAUGUUGGCUACGAGAUUCCCGCGCGACUUCGGACCCUCCACAAUUUGGUGAUCCAAUAUGCUUCACAAGGGCGUUAUGAGGUCGCCGUGCCGCUUUGCAAGCAGGCUUUGGAGGAUUUGGAGAAGACGAGCGGACACGAUCAUCCUGAUGUCGCCACGAUGCUUAAUAUUCUUGCGCUUGUUUAUAGAGAUCAGAACAAGUACAAAGAGGCGGCGAAUUUGUUGAACGAGGCGCUCGCGAUUCGCGAGAAAUGCCUCGGCGAGAACCAUCCGGCGGUCGCCGCCACACUCAACAAUUUGGCGGUGUUGUUCGGCAAACGCGGCAAAUUCAAAGACGCCGAGCCGUUGUGUAAACGCGCGUUGGAGAUUCGCGAGAAGGUGCUCGGAAACGAUCAUCCCGAUGUGGCGAAACAGCUCAACAAUCUCGCGUUGCUCUGCCAGAAUCAGGGAAAAUACGAGGAGGUUGAGAAAUAUUACAAACGCGCACUAGAGAUUUAUGAGAGCAAAUUGGGACCGGAUGAUCCGAACGUGGCAAAAACGAAAAACAACCUCUCAUCGGCCUAUUUGAAGCAGGGCAAGUACAAAGAAGCCGAAGAAUUGUACAAGCAGAUUCUGACGAGAGCGCACGAGCGCGAAUUCGGCCAAAUCAGCGGCGACAACAAGCCGAUAUGGCAGAUCGCCGAAGAGCGCGAAGAGAAUAAGCAUAAAGGCGAGCCGGCGGUGGCCGAUCAGGCCGGAUGGGCGAAAGCGGCGAAAGUCGAUUCGCCGACGGUGACGACGACGCUCAAGAAUCUCGGCGCGUUGUACCGACGGCAGGGCAAAUACGAGGCGGCUGAGACGCUUGAAGAUGUGGCGUUGCGAGCCAAAAAACAGCAUGAGCCGAUUCGUGGCGGCGGCGGCGGCGGUCUCGACGAGAUGACACAAUCGAUGAUCUCGUCGUCGAUGGGUCGAUCGCAGAUGACGGCGAGCGUCUCGCAAACGGGAAUCAAGAAUAAGCUGCUCAGCGCGCUUGGAUUGAACAACUAA